CAGGUCAAGGCCGCGAUGGUGACAUGCGGCGGACUCUGCCCGGGGUUAAACUCGAUCAUCCGCGGCGUGACGCAUUCUCUGUAUUAUGACUACGGCGUCGUGACCCCGGGGCACAUCAUUGGUGCCACCGGCGGGUACAAUGGCCUUUCGGAGCCUGACGAGCAUGAGAUGAUAAAUCUGACGCCCGAUUACGUGCGCGAGAUCCACAUGAAGGGCGGCUCGAUUCUCAAGGCAGGGCGCGGCGGCUUCGAUGCCCCCAAAAUUUGCGAGGGGCUGAAAAAGAUGGGUAUCAACAUGGUCUUUGUGAUUGGCGGCGACGGCACGCAGUUUGCCGGCCAUCUGCUGUACGAAGAGGCGAAGAAACAGAAGCUGCCCGUCUCGAUCGUCGGCGUACCAAAGUCGAUCGACAACGAUGUGCUCUUUAUCGACCGCACCUUUGGCUUCGACUCCGCCGUGGAGUCGGCCGCCACAGUGAUACGCAAUGCGUGGGUCGAGGCCUCGUCGUGCGAGAAGGCGUGCUCGGUCGUCAAGCUGAUGGGGCGCGACGCGGGCUUUGUCGCGGCGCACGCAGCGCUCGCGUCGAACAUCGUCGACGUUGUGUUGGUGCCCGAGGUGAAGUUCGAGCUCGAAGAUGUCUACAAGCAAGUGGAUUUGAAGAUUAAACACAAAAACUUUGCCGUUGUGGUGGUCGCCGAAGGCGCUGGGCAGGAGUAUGUCUCGACGGGUGCAAAGGACGCCACGGGCCACACGGUCUAUGGUGACAUUGGCGUCUUUAUGCGCGACGCGAUCAACAAACACCUCAAGCCUCAAGGAGGCCGCGCCUUCUACAUCGACCCCUCGUACAUCAUUCGCUCUGUCCCCAUCACCUCCACGGACCACAUCUACUGCUCUCGACUCGCGCACGACGCGGUGCAUACGGCGAUGCGCGGCUACACAGGUGUCUGCGUCGGCGCGAUCCACAACGUUAUCUGCAUGUUCAAGUCAAAGCUGAUCGCGAGCGGAAAGAAGAAGCUCAAGGUGAGGGGCUCGACGUGGCAGUCGUGCGUCCAGAGCUGUCAAAUGCCGGCUAGCCUGUCGGGAGCAAAGACGGCGGCGUCGGCGUGA